AUGUCAGAUAUAAAUGAAACGAGCGGUCGCUCUCGGAUACCGCUAUAUCAGCUAGUUCUGUCCCAAGACACCAUCACCGACGACGUUGUCAGCCACGAAUGGGAGGGAAAUGGCACGCCUGAAGAUCCUUACUUGGUGGACUGGCUUCACGAAGAUGCCCGCGAUCCGCACCAAAUGCAAGAUUGGCUAAAAUGGUCCAUCACAAUUCUACAAGCCGCUUCCUUUUUGUCCAUUACUUUUGCUUCGUCUGCUCUCUCAGCAGCCAACCCCCAGAUCCUGGAACGCUUCGGUACCAGCACUGAGCUAGUUGUUGCCGACACCUCACUUUUUGUUCUCGCCUUUGCCAUCGGGCCAGCUAUCUGGGCUCCACUUUCCGAGCUCUGGGGCCGUCAGAUCAUCUACUUCGUCACGUACGGGUUGACUACACUAUUUGCCGGGGUAACAAUUGCAAGCCCGAAUAUUGCGACUUUGCUAGUCCUAAGAUUCCUCGCAGGCGCAUUUGGUUCUUCGGCAAUCUCCAAUGCUGGAGGUGUGGUUUCAGACAUGUAUACAGCCCGUGAUAGAGGGCUGGCUACAAUCGCUUUUAUUGGAGCCCCCUUCUUAGGUCCUAGUCUCGGACCAAUCACUUGCAACUUCUUAGCUGUGUCAAAAGGCUGGAAGUGGGUCCAAGGGCUUACAACUAUCUUCAACGGGGUGGUGUUCCUGAAGCGCGCUGUCAAGCUUGGUAAAUUGACCGGAGCAGUUUACAAGAGUCGUCUAGACAUUGGAAAUGCAAAUAGAACUGCUCGUGAGAUCUUCACCAAGACCAUGGUCCGACCCUGGAUAUUGCUGUUGAUGGAGCCGAUCGUGCUGCUUUUGUCUAUCUACAUGGCUAUCAUUUACGGAACGAUGUAUAUGGAAUUUGCUGCCUUCCCGAUUGUCUUUGAAGAGAAUCUCAAAUGGCCCCAAAGCACCUCCGGCCUGUCCUUCCUUGGCAUGAUGAUCGGGCAGAUUCUCGGAUGCGCUUAUUCAAUCUUCGAAGACGGCCGGUAUAAGAAAGUCGCCGAUCGCACAGCCUACGGUCGCCCACCUCCCGAAGCUCGACUCAUUCCAGCGAUGGUUGGAGCAGUUACUCUUCCUGUGGGAUUAUUUUGGUUCGCCUGGACCAACUUCCCACAUAUCCAUUGGAUCGUCUGCGAGAUUGGAACAGUACUUUUCGGGUUCUCUCAUGUUUCCAUCUUCUUGAGUGUGGUGAACUACUUGGUCGAUGGGUAUACUAUCUACGCGGCAUCGGCAUUAGCAGGUAAUGCUGUCAUCCGGGCCCUUUUCGGCGCGGCAUUUCCGCUCUUCACAACGCCAAUGUACCAGAACCUUGGCAUUCACUGGGCCUCCUCAAUUUCGGCUUUCCUCGCUGUAGCUUGUCUACCGUUCCCAUGGAUUUUCUACAAAUACGGCCCAGCAAUUCGCCGCCACUGCCAAUACGCUGCAGAGUCUGCCCGGCAAUUGGAUGAAAUGGCCGACCGGAUGCGUGCACAGGCUGAGCAGAGAGCAGCCAAGCAGAAACCCGAGAGUUGA